UAGUAGAAAGCCUGUUCCCCGCUCUGAUUGUUUGGAAGUAUUCCGAUACUCUCCUGAGACGUGGGUUCAUAUCAGCCACCACCGCACUGAGCUCGAGCUCCGAAUCCAUAUCCGAAAUGCCACUGCCUGUCACGAAUUCCGAAAUGCUUAGAACGUAUAAGAGAAUCGCCUCCGCCCCACUCCCCUCAGCACUCUUGCCUCCGCCCCCCAUCUCCCCCUCACCAUGAGUACCCAGUGCGCCAGCCAGAAGAGGUCCUGGUCAUAUGUCGUUCGCAACUUCACGCCAGCAUGGUUUGCCGCAAAUAUGGGGACUGGCGCCAUCUCCAUCUUGUUCCACUCGUUCCCCUACGCGAACGGGUCGACGACCAUGAACAUCUUCACGCUGAUUUUCUUCGGCCUGAACGUCCUUAUGUUUCUGGUCUUCUCCGCUAUUUCGGCUGCACGAUACCUGCUGUUCCCUGGCGUGUGGUCGCUCAUGAUCCACCACCCCGUGCAGUCUCUCUUCCUCGGGACGUUCCCCAUGGGCGCCGCGACGAUUCUAAACAUCGCCGUGCUCACCGUCUAUGAGCAGUAUGGCAUGGGCGGAAAGGCCUUCCUCUACUUCCUCUGGGCCUGCUGGUGGCUCGACGUCCUCGUCUCGAUAGCUAUCUGCUUCCUCAUGAUUCAUGUAAUGUCCACGGCGCAUAACCAUGCCCUCGACAAGAUGACGGCCGUGUGGCUGCUCCCUGUGGUCACCCUCAUCGUCGCCUCGUCGACGGGCGGCGUCAUCGCGCCGUCGCUCUACGCGUACUCGGCCUCGCAUGCGCUUAUCACUGUCACUCUGUCGGCGGUUAUAGUGGCCAUAGGGCUCACUCUGGCCCUCAUGAUGCUCGUCAUCUAUCUCAUGAGGCUCAUCGUGCACGGUCUGCCGCCCACCGCAACCGUCAUCUCGGUCUUCUUGCCCCUCGGUCCCACAGGCCAGGCUGCUUUCUCCAUACUUACGCUCGGGCAGUGCUUCCGCCAGUUCUUGCCUGUGUACGACGGCACCUCCCAGCUUUUACGCUCGUCAGCAACAGGCGGCAUUCUCGAGACGAUAUGCACCCUCAUCGCCUUCGUCCUAUGGGCGAUGUGCACGAUGUGGAUGCUCUUCGCCUUUCUCAGCAUUCAGAACGUCGCUCGAAAGGGGCCCAUACCCUUCAAGGUCCCAUUCUGGGGGCUUAUCUUCCCGAAUGGCGUCUACGCAAACAUUACCAUCAGCCUCGGCCAGACCUUCGACUCGGGCUUCUUCCGUGUCUGGGGCGCUAUGUAUGCGGCGCUGACGCUCUGCAUGUGGUGUUACGUUGCAUGGACGACCCUCAGGCUGGCGUACACGAGGGAGAUCUUCGAGGCGCCGUGCCUCGAGAAUGUCAACAUCCGCCGCCGGGGGCGCAGAUCAGCGAAGACGCCGCGCGCGGACGAGCUAGACGAGCAGGGCUUGCCUGUGACGCCCCCUCGUAACUCGAUCGACGCGGAGGCGCAGCGGUCGAACGCGACGGUGUGCGCAGUGGGCCAUGAGUCCGCGGGGGUCUCGAACCUGGAUCUGCGGCUCAGCACGAUGGAGAAGGUACCCGGUGACGGAGAGAAGCGGACGUGCGAGGCUUGAAUAGAGCGUUGGGAUAUGAUUCGUACUCUAUCAUAGAGGGCCAGGGCGUAGACGGAAGGAACUUUUUUCUACAUUUGUACGAGUAUAAUCACUCACGCUUGGAACCAGUAAUAGGCAUCGAUAGAGUUCAUAAUAUCCGGGAAGCGCUUGAC